AACGAUCGUCAUUCACUUUAUCAGUGUAUCCUGAAUGGGUUGAACCGCAAGCCAUGAUUUCAAUCAGCAACGUGGAUAACCCACUACCGUGAUGUCUUAUUUUACAAUGUAUUUGCAAAGAUGUAUCACGGUUUUGGUGACGAUUGUUUGUGUACACUUUUGUAAUGGGGCUUCGAAAAAGGGAUGUUCUCUGAAUGUUCUUCAAAAUCCAAAUGAAAAGUUGAUGCCAGUUAUACUGUACAAUUUGACUACAACAUUCAAUUUGGUUGUACCCAACAGAGGCGUCAUCAAUCUCAAAAGUGGUGAAGGGGUAACCUUGUCAUGUCCAAAUAAAAGGAAUUUACUAAGCCCAACAAAUUCAAAUGCAACUUUUGCCGUUUGUGUUCAUGACACAACGUUGAAAAUAACCAACGCAGAUUGGGAUUUCAUGGAUGUUGAAUGCACGAAGACUGUGCAUGGAGAAAUUAAGAAAACUCGUGCAAGAUGUGGGGACAAUAGGGGCAGAAUAACAGAUAUUGGAUAUCCAAUCACAAACCAAUACUUCAAAACAUUGAUAAGAAUUUGCUACGAUGAAGAAGAAGGCAACACUAUCUACACAGAACACACCAUACACGGUGGAGAAAUACAGUAUUCUUCCAAGACAUCGGACCGUCCAUCGUUCAGCGUUGCUGGGCUGGGGUCAGGCGUAGCUGCUAAUGUUGCAUACAAGAGAGCCUUUCAGAAAUCAACGUUCAAUCAGUUGUUGGGAUCGGCUCGAAUCGCUGAUGAGUAUAUUAAUUCCAAAUCAUAUCUGGCCCGUGGUCACUUAUCGCCCAGUGGGGAUUUUCUUUUCGCUAGCUCACAGAGCGCAAGUUUCUAUUACAUCAACACUUGUCCCCAGUGGCAGUCCAUAAAUGGUGGAAACUGGCUGAGCGUAGAGUUCAGCGUACGAAAAGCAGCUGAAUAUUAUCGACACACAUUCACCAUCAUCACAGGCUCCUAUGACGUCCUUGAACUUCCAGACUCCCACCGACAUCCAACAAAGAUUUUUUUAGUUUCUGGGUCCAAAUUGCCCGUUCCAAAGUUCAUCUGGAAAAUCAUGUACAACGAAGUCACGCAGGAAGGGAUUGCUUUUAUAAUUGUGAAUAAUCCUUUUUUGAGCGUACUGCACCAAGAUCAUAUUUUGUGUAUGAAUUUGUGUGAAAAGUAUGGAUGGGGUACGACAAGUUGGCAAAUCAUUUCCAAGGGUUAUGUUUAUUGCUGUGACGUUAAUGAGUUUGCUGAUGUUGUAGAUACUGUACCUUUCUUGAAAGUCAGACGUGUUUUACGUGGUACAUCGUAAAAACAGUAUUAGAUCACUAUAGAACAGAUCGCGAUCCACUUCAGUAUAUACCGAUAUUAUAUACUUUCAACUUCAAUUCUGAAAACAAAGAAGGAUUUGACACUGCUGAUAUAUCAGAUAUAGAAUAUAUUUAAAAAAAUCGCUGUUUCCUGAUUUCCUGUGGAAAUAAAAUUUGUGAGUUAGUGACUUAUUCAAUUAUAAUAUUUCUUCAACACAGAUUCUUAUUUCUGUUAACAUCAAAUGUAUCGAAUUUUAAAAUGAAAAGAUGUUUGGGGAAUACCCAAAAACAUGAA